GAUGUCAAGUUGUCAAGAAAGAUUAAAGAAUAAAUUCGUAAAUUUAUCAAAAUAUAAAGUUGAUUGAAAAAUGCAUAUUAUGUAUAAAAUUUUUAAAAGUUUAAUAUUUUUCACACUGAUUUAUAUGCAAAAAUGUACAGCUGAAUUUUCAACUGAGGAUUGUGCUUCCCUUGGAUUUAUUAAAGCUAACCUGCUUUGCUCUUCAUGCGACCAGCUUAAAGAUUUUAGUUUAGAUCAAUUGGUUGAUCAUUGUAAGGAAUGCUGCCAUAACGACGACAGUGCACCAAAGGAGAAAAAAUACGCUCGUGCAAUACUGGAAGUUUGCACUUGCAAGUUCCCAGCUUAUCCGCAAAUUCAAGCAUUUGUGAAGAGCGACCGGCCUACUAAAUUCCCUAACUUGCAAAUUAAGUACGUACGUGGAUUAGACCCUAUAAUCAAACUCCUAGAUAAAGACGGUAUUGUCAAAGAUACUGUCGCUAUUGAAAAAUGGAAUACUGACUCAGUAGAAGAAUUUUUAAAUACGCAUCUUGAGAAAGAAGAAGAAGAUGAUCGUAGUUAUUUAAAAACUAACCAGAUAUAAGGUAUCUUAAGAGAAGCUUUAACAUCCUUAUUGCAAUGUAUAUUCAUCAACAAAGAUCAAUUUUAUCAACCUACUAUUAAUUUUAUUUCAAACUUACAAGAGACUUGUGGCAAUCUGCACAUGAGAAACAUCGCCUGUGCCAUGUGCCAUUUUUGGAGUGCAUUUGUUCAGCAGCAUAGACUGGGAAGCCACAGCGUGGGCAGCCCUGGCCUUUAGCUGCUUUCUGACCCGUGAAUGGAAACUGUUCAGCGCUGUAAAUAAAAAUAAGUAUAUUUCAAUACUGGUAAUUUUAAUUGUAUUUUUCAUAGUAGAUAUUUUACAAAAAAAAUGAAAUAUAUCUGUAAAUAUGCAAUAAAUUAAGAACACUG